AUGAGCGGUUUUGGAGUUGGCAUUGUGCUCGGGCUUAGCUCUCCUGCGACGUUCCAGCUACGCGCCCAGCAACAGGAAGCCCUCAACAAUUCAGCUCAGUUAAACAACAGCAUCGUGGCAUCCCAGGAUAUGAUCGUGAUGACUUCAGCAGAAAUUUCGCUGUUCAGUGCCGUGUAUUCCUGCGGUGCAUUAGCGGGAGGUCUCCUGAGCAGCGCUCUUAUGAACAGGCUGGGCAGACGCGCUACUUUAAUGGUCUCAGUCUUACCGUGCCUCCUGGGCUGCUGCCUCAUGGGACUAAGCAGCAACUAUGGAGUGCUCCUAACUGGCAGGAUACUGACGGGAGUGUUCAUAGGAGUGAGUGGAGCGUCGGGCAACGCCUUCCUGGGGGAAAUUGCGGCUAGUGACAUCCGUGGGAUGCUAGGUGCACUAUACGAGCUCAUGCUGGUGGCAGGCGUUCUGAUAGCGUUCGUGACAAGAGAGUACGUCUCCUGGCAGCAGCUCGCCCUCAUCACCAACGCCCCUGUCCUGCUCCUCGCAUUGCUCGUCUUCUUCACCAAAGAAUCGCCCGCUUUUUUGCUCAUCGCUGGAAAAGAGAAUGAAGCUCGCGCUGCUCUUCAAUAUUACAGAGGGCCCGACCGUGAUGUAGACAUGGAAAUGUGCGCCCUGAAAGAGUCACAGAUGGAGACUAGAGGGAAGCGCCUUGCUCUAUCUGACCUCAAGAAACGACACAUUUACUUGCCGCUCUUCAUCACAGUCGUGACGGCCUCCAUGUUCCAUCUCUGCGGCAUAGGAAUGAGCACCAAGACGAACAUGUCGGAGGCAACGGGCGUCAUCGCCUGUUGCGGAGUCGAGCUGAUCACGGCGGUGGCGGCGAUCUUCUUGAUCGAGAGAGCUGGACGCAAGACACUGCUGCUUGUCUCCGGCGCUGUCAUGAGUGCUAGUUUCGGAUGCCUGGGAUUAUAUUUUUAUUUCUUGAGCUGCAAUGAACUGUGGGCCAAACAACAUCUUUCCUGGCUGCCCCUGACCUCGCUAUUGGCGUACGUCGUGGCAUUCGGCAUCGGUUACGGGCCCAUACCGUGGAUACUUUUGGGUGAAAUGUUCCCACCGUUGAUACGAGAGACGGCGGCCGGUCUCACGGUGACAGUGGUUUGGACCCUGUCGUUCAUAACGAUCGUCACAUACGACGCGCUCAGCACGGCGCUAGGUAGCUACGGCUUCUACUGGCUCUACGCCAGCAUCUGCGCACUUGCCAGCAUAUUCACCGCCGCAGUCGUGAAGGAAACUAAAGGCAAACGCCUUGACGAAAUUACUAAGCUCUUCGAGAGUAAAAAAUCAUACGGAUGCAGCACCGCAGUGAAAAGAAUCAAACAGGGUACCACGACAAACCAAGGGUAGUGUUAAUUAAAAACUUAUAAUUUUACUAUUAAAAAUAAAAUUCCUUAUCUAUUCAUUAUUUGUUGAACAUUAGUUGUGCUU